CAAAUAGAAACUUAGUCAACUAUAGUUAUGGAAAGUUUUAAUAUGCUGAAUCAAAAUGCUGCUAUAUUACAUGUUUGUUCAUUUGGGCUUAUGAAAGGAAAAACUAUCCAAGUUACUUCCCAUCAAAGAAAUGAAAUAAAUAGUUGGAGGUUAAAAGCAGUGAAAAUUGAAAAAGAAAUUGAAGCCAAAAAGAAGGAACAAAUAAUAAACCUUAUGCAAAAAGUUACAUUGAUCGAACAACAACUUCAGAAAUUCAGUAUCGAAGCACAAAAAGGUAAAUUUGAUAUGAAUCAUAAUUCAUUUGAUAUGAACCAUAAUUCUUUAGUUGAAGAAUCUUUUCAGACAACAAGGGAUCUUUUGCCAAUGUCACUUGAAAGUGUAGAUUUUAAAUUAUUUGCUCCAAAGUCUAAGCCAACACAAGAUAAUUUAAAUGAUUAUUCAAAAACAAUUGGUGAAAACACAAAAACAUUAAAUGUAACAAAUAAAAAUGAUUUGAUUACUUCUAUUGUAAUCAAAAAUGAAGCAGUUUUAGAUAGAAGUUUGGUACCAGAAGUUGUAGAGCAAAUGAAAAGCUUACAUGUGUUGUUAGAAAAACAAAAAGAAUUAGAUAUUUGGUAUGAAGAUAUGCAAAGACAGCUAGAAAUUGAACAAAUUCGUUUAAAAGAUAAAUACAAUGAAAUCAGAUUAAACAAUAUAAAAGAACAACACAAGCUUAUAGAAAACAGUCGAGAAUUUUUAACAAAUGCCAGUUUGUGCUUUAGCGCAGGUUUAAAAGCAACUUCUCAUGAAAGUUCUGAUUUAGUACAUACCUCUAAAUAUUUAACACACUCUAAUCAUCCACCUAGAGAAGGUAAACUUGACAAACAAUUGUUUGAAAAAUCAUAUGAAAUUGCUAACUCUCCAUUCAGUUCGAAAGUUAAACGGGUAUUGCCAACACCCCCGCCAUCCCUUACUCCUCCUCCAUUUGAUGAAAAGAAAAAUACAGAAGAUAAUACAUUGUUGAGUUCAAUACCAACUGUUAAUGAGAUAUCUCAUGAUUUUACGAUCCCAAACCUUCCUUUUGAUCAUGACUGCACAGACAAUUAUAAAAGUGAUUGCGUUAAAAAAUAUAAUAAUGCAGAUAUAACAUUAACUGGUUCAACGUUAUUUCAAUCUUCCAACGAUUUCAUGAACAGAAGAAAAAGUCGUCCUAUAAGAUUUUUUCAAACUCCAGAUAAAUUUUCCAUUGAAAAAGAUAAAAGUGACCAGAAGAGUUAUUUUGAUUCAACAUCAACCCCACAAGAUAGUUGGGCAUCUACAGUUAAACAUGUUAAUCAAAGUUUUUCUCCCGUUCGCAAAGACACUUCACCUAAUGCUUCUUUUCUCAAACCAACUACUUUACAUUAUUCUUUCAAAAACAUAGACAAAGUUAUUGCUUUAUCAAAAGGUUUUUUGACGCGUCGACUAUUGAAGACAUCAAAAGUUAUUGAAAUAGUAAAGACUAUAAGGGAUACAGCUGCUUUUCUUGAAGGAAUGAAUAAAGAAAACAAACCGAUUAACCAUGCUGAUAAGCAAAUGAUCAAUCGACUUCAUGAAGAGCUGUUUAGUAAGCGUCAGAAAUUGCACGAUAUCUUUUUUAAUACAACCAUUGCAGAACAAAUGAAGCUGCUCUCUAUUUCUCGUAUGCAAGCUAGAGAAAAAAUGUUUUCACAAUCAAAAGCAUACAGUAAAAGGGAAGCCUGGUCUCCAAACAUUAACAAAAAAUUGUCAACUGCAUCACAGAGAACUUUACAAAGAAAACUUCAAUAUGAUAAACGAAGCCAAACUCCCGUGAAGUUACUUGGUCCACAUAACACUAAUUCAAGUCCAGGUUUCAAAUCUCAGCCUCUCGAGAACAAAAAUUCAGAUAAAAAAUUUAAACCUAUUCAAAGUCGUUGUUCUCCUAUACUUGUCAGGCCUAAAGCAGAUAACUUGAAAAAAGAAUCGAAAAAAAAAGCUAAUGCGAAAUUAAAUAUCGUAUCUGUUUCUAAAACAUAUACGAAAAAAAGAAUUUACGAUUCAUUCGAAAAAGGAAUCUUGAUGUCGGAUUAGUAUAAUGCCAAUUUAUUUCAUGAAUUUAUUAGCACUGUGCUUACGCUAUAACGCGUGGCUGCCAUGGAUAUCUCAAGAUAAGAGUGGCGAAAAAAUUUCCAUUUUGUUUUGUCUUACUUAGUAUACUUUGGUUCUAUCCUAAAGACAACCACUUGCGUUUUUUUUAAAAGAAUUUGAUUAUUUAUUUCAAUAGUUGAAAUUUUAUUAUGUAUUUAUUUAUUUAAAUUUGAAAGCGCCUUUUUUCUAAAAAAAGUCUUAAGAAUUGUUU